AUGACUCCAAUACAAAAAACUUUGGAUGCAUCUAUCCUUUCCUUGCCGCCUUUCAUUCAAGUCCAGGGUGUGAUAAACAUCCGGAUGGUUGGAGGAUACAAAACCGCGAUGCCUUCGACCAUAGUUGAACCUGGAAUUGUAUUCAGAUCCGGAGAACUAUCAGGCAAAAAAAACUUCAUCUCACAUGGCAUCGGCCGCAUCUUCGAUUUUCACUCCGAUACUGAGGGAGUCACAACUGUCCGUGCAGUAAUAAGUGAGCCGAAUGUCUUUGAUCCUGCGAGCCUUACUCUGCGCGGCUGGCUUAUAGAUUUGUCUUUUCAAUUCGUGCAGACAUUUUUAGAAGUAUACGAAGAGAUCUUGACCUUUGCCGGUCUGGCCUUUAAUGCGAUCUUGCGACAUUUAUUCGACAACCCGGAGGAACCGGUUCUGAUACUUGGAGUUGAUGAUCAAGAUAUCGUAAACUAUUAUGCUCUCGCGACGCAUGGUCUCGAGCCUGCUAUUCCGUUAAGAACCCCAACCUUCUGUAGCAAUUUUGAAGGCGCGGCCAGAGACAAUGGCAUGGUCGCAAUGCUACAGAUGAUACGGGAGAAGUUUGGUGGUGCGGAAGGAUAUGUCAAGAAAUAUAACAGUAUAGAUGACGAGGAUAUUGAGAUGUUGCGUAGAAGACUUCUUGUCGCUGUGUAA